AUGUCAGCGAAAGCAGUGAGUGAAAUCUCGGGAAAAGAGCUUCUUUACCGAUACCUCGAAAACACCCAACUAAUAGAUGCUCCUAUUCCUGUUAGAGUGAAUAACGUUGACGAUUUUGAUGCCGUUGUUACUAAUCCUAAUCAUUGGUUGAAUAUUACAAAGAGAGGUGUAGUAAAGCCAGAUCAGUUGAUUAAACGUAGAGGGAAACAUGGUUUGGUAAAAUGGGGUGAUGUUGCGACUUUGAGGCAAUGGCUGUCCGAAAAGGCUGGCACAUAUGUCACUAUCGGAAAGACCACAGGACGCUUGCAUAGUUUCAUUAUCGAACCCUUCUGCGAGCAUAGUGACUCAGAUGAACUUUACAUCGCUAUUUACAGUCUUCGAGAUGAAGAUGUGAUAAUGUUCUACGAACAGGGAGGUGUUGACGUUGGCGAUGUUGAUCAAAAAGCUCGUUCUCUGAGAAUUCCUGUACAGGAAGACAGUGCUAAAAUGCUUCCCGACUCUGAUAACUUGGCCAAACUAAUCGGUGACUUGGGCCAGAGAACAGAAAUCGUAAAAAACUUCGUUCUGGCUCUCUAUAACGCCUACAAAUCCCUGCAUUUCACUUAUCUUGAGAUUAAUCCUUUAGUUGUUCUGGGAAACAAAGUUUAUAUUUUGGAUUUGGCAGCGAAAAUUGAUGAAACUGCCAACUUCCUAUGUGCCGACAAAUGGAAAUCAAGAGAUGGAAGACCCAUUGAGUUCCCAGCUCCCUUCGGAAGAGAUUUGACUAAAGAAGAACAAUAUAUCGCCGAUCUUGAUGCUAAAACAGGAGCAUCACUCAAGCUAACCAUCCUCAACCGUACUGGACGUAUUUGGACAAUGGUUGCUGGAGGCGGAGCUUCCGUUGUUUUCACUGAUACUGUUUGUGAUCUUGGAGGAGCAUCCGAAUUAGCCAAUUAUGGAGAAUACUCUGGGGAUCCAUCUGAAACACAAACCUUCGAAUAUGCCAAGACUAUUUUAUCUGUUAUGACGGAAGGAGCUCCAAGAGAAGAUGGAAAAGUCUUGAUCAUUGGUGGUUCUAUUGCAAACUUUACUAACGUUGCGAAAACAUUUGGAGGUAUCGUCAGAGCCUUCGAGGAAUACGUAGACAAGUUGAAAGAACAUAAGGUUACGAUCUUUGUUAGAAGAGGAGGUCCAAAUUAUCAAGAAGGUCUUCGUCGCAUCAAAGAUGCUGCUCAAACUUUGGAGCUCCCUAUCCACGUGUUCGGACCAGAGACUCAUAUGACUGCUAUUGUUGGUGCUGCUAUGAAAGUUAGACCUAUCCCUACCGUGCCAAAGGAGCCUCAAACUACUGGCCACUUCUUAUUGAGUCCUGAACGACAUACUGCUGGAACUUCUCGCGAAUCCUCUCGCAAUGCCUCUGAUGAAAUGUCUGCAACUGAGACCCAGAAGACCCAAGUGGUUGCUCCACCUGCUCUCAUUGCUGAACUUAAUACUCAAUUCAAGUCGCUUUUCGAGAAUAACACGAAAGCUAUCAUUUGGGGCCAACAACAGAAAGCCAUCCAGGGUAUGCUCGAUUUUGACUAUGUAUGCGGCCGUAGUGAACCUUCCGUUGUUGCAUCUACUUAUCCUUUCACUGGUGACAACAAGCAGAAAUACUACUUCGGGCACAAGGAAAUCCUCGUACCUGCUUAUAAGUCCAUGAAGAUGGCUUUCGAUACCCACUCAGAUGCAUCCGUAAUGGUUACCUUUGCUUCUUUGAGAUCUGUAUAUGAAACAGUUCUCGAAGCCUUGACUUUCCCUCAAAUCAAAGUUAUCGCUGUCAUUGCUGAAGGAGUACCCGAGAAUCAAACCCGUGUGCUCUUGAAGAUUGCCCGUGAGAGAGGAGUAACUUUAAUUGGCCCAGCUACUGUUGGAGGUAUCAAGCCAGGCUGUUUCAAGAUCGGAAACACAGGAGGAAUGAUGGAUAAUAUCCUCGCUUCUAAACUCUACAGGCCCGGAAGUGUCGCUUAUGUAUCACGAUCAGGAGGAAUGUCCAAUGAAUUGAACAACAUCAUCUCACAAAAUACUGAUGGUGUUUUCGAAGGAAUAGCUAUUGGUGGAGAUCGUUACCCAGGAUCCACCUACACUGACCAUGUUUUGAGAUAUCAAGACGAUAGCAGAGUGAAGAUGAUUGUUCUUCUGGGAGAAGUUGGAGGAACAGAAGAAUAUAAGAUCGUGAAAGCUCUUAAAGAGGGAAGAGUAACCAAACCAUUGGUUGCCUGGUGCAUUGGAACAUGUGCAGAUCACAUCACUUCUGAAGUUCAAUUCGGACAUGCUGGAGCUAGCGCUAAUGCUGAAGGAGAGACUGCUGCUGCUAAAAAUUCUGCCUUGAAGAAUGCAGGAGCUCUUGUUCCACCAUCUUUCGAUGAUCUCGGAACCUUCAUCAAGGAUACUUACGACUCUUUGGUGAAGAAGGGAAUCAUCCAACCUAAACCCGAAGUACCACCACCAGCCGUUCCCAUGGAUUAUGCUUGGGCUAGAGAACUGGGUCUGAUCAGAAAGCCAGCUUCCUUCAUGACUUCAAUCUGUGAUGAACGAGGAGAAGAAUUGAUUUAUGCUGGUGUUCCAAUCACUAAAGUUUUAGAACAGGAUAUUGGCAUCGGUGGAGUACUCGGACUCUUGUGGUUCCAGAAAAGACUUCCCGCUUACGCUAAUAAGUUCAUCGAAAUUUGUUUGAUGCUGACAGCUGAUCACGGACCAGCUGUGUCCGGUGCCCACAAUACUAUAGUCUGCGCUAGGGCCGGAAAAGACUUGAUCUCAUCACUUGUGUCUGGUUUAUUAACUAUUGGUGAUCGCUUCGGUGGUGCUUUAGAUGGAGCUGCUAAACAGUUCUCCGAAGCAAUCGAAAAAGGGUGGAGUCCUAUGCAAUUCGUCAAUGAGAUGAGAAAGCAAGGAAAGCAUAUUAUGGGUAUUGGUCAUCGUGUAAAAUCUAUUAACAACCCAGAUAAGAGAGUAGAAAUUUUGAAGAAGUUCGCUUUGGAUCGUUCGGAGUUCCAGCAAGAAACUCCUCUCUUAGAUUAUGCUCUUGAAGUGGAGAAGAUUACUACUGCCAAGAAACCAAAUUUGAUUCUCAAUGUCGACGGAACUAUUGGAGUCAUUUUUGUUGAUAUCUUAAAACAUUCCGGAAUGUUCACUCCAGCUGAAGCUGUAGAGACAAUCGAAAUAGGAUCCCUGAAUGGAUUGUUCGUGCUUGGGCGAUCUCUUGGAUUUAUUGGACAUUAUCUUGACCAGCGCCGAUUGAAACAAGGCUUGUACAGACAUCCAUGGGAUGAUAUUUCCUACAUCAUGCCUGAAAGAGAUUUGUGA